CUUUUGGACUGCCUGGCCAUUGGGAGAAGCUGGCUCUUCCCCUGCUGCUUGCAUGCCUGCCUUUCCCCAAGUGUUGUCUUUGGCAGCAGCCACAAGCACCAACAAAACACUUCUGACAGCUGAAGGUGAUCUUUCUGCAGGAGGUCCUGAUUUCCUUUGUCAUCCAAAGGCUUUUGCUCUGCACCUGAGAGGAGCAAUGGCUACAACAGGGAGUGACUCCUUUGAGUAACAUUUUCCCCAGCUGGCUUGGACUUUGUGAAUGACCACGGACCACGGACAUGGCCACUGCUCCAUCCCUCAAUGCUGAUGUGCUGACAGCCUGGAGUAAAUUCUGGGGCAUUCCCUGAGAGCAGCCAGACCCAGGUAAAUUCCUCCUGAUGUCCAAGCUGGACCUGCCCUGGGAGAGCUCCAGUCUCCAUAUCCCCUUGUCCUGUUGGUUGGUGCCUGGGAAAAGAGGCCACCCCCCACCUGGCUACCACCUCCUUUCAGUCCUUGGCGAGGGGAUGACUCCACCACGGAAGAGCCUUUUUACCCCGGAGAAGAUCUGCAUGGACUGGCGGCAGAAGCGCAGACCUGGAGCAGGACUGCACAACCUGGGCAGCACCUGCUACCUCAAUGUCAUCCUGCAGUGCCUGACCUACACAGCUCCCCUGGCCAACUACCUGCUCUCUCGGCAGCACAGCCGCUUCUGCCGCCGGCAGGGUUUCUGCAUGAUGUGCAUCAUGGAGGUGCACGUUCGGAAGGUCCUGUUCUCCUCAGCCACUGCCAUCCGCCCCAGGGCUGUCGUCAGGGACCUCAAGUUCAUAGGAGAAUUUCAGCCUGACUACCCAGGAGACGCCUACGAGUUCCUACGCUGCACUGUCAAUGCCAUGCAGAGAGCUUGUCUGAGUGGGAGCAGAGACUCGGACUCCUCUUCCGGAGAAACUACAAUCAUCCAUCAAAUAUUUGGGGGCUAUCUGAGAUCCAGAGUCACAUGCCUGAGCUGCAAAACAGUUUCUGAUUUCUUCAGGGCCUUCCGGGAUGUCCUUCUGAAAAUCAAGGGAGCUUUGUCCCUCACCACAGCUCUGGAGCACUUCAUGGCACCCAAGCAGACAGAAGGGAGAAAAUGCUUCAAAUGUAGGAAGUGCAAGAAGAAGGUUGCUGUCUCCAAGGUGGUCACAGUGCACCGUGCCCCCAGGAUCUUCACGGUGUGUCUGGGCAGGGCUGACGAUGGCACCAGCAGGAAGCUCAGCCAGGUUGUGGAGUACCCUGAGUGCUUGGAUCUUCGGCCAUACAUGUCUGACCCCGACAGAGAGCCCCUCCUCUACUCCUUGUACGCUGUUGUGGUGCACAGUGGUCACACCUGCCUUGGAGGACACUUCUUCUGCUACAUAAAGGCCAGCGAUGGGCAGUGGUACAAGAUGAAUGAUGUGUCUGUGGAGAGCUGUGACCUCCACACAGCUCUGGGGCAGCAAGCCUAUUUGCUGUUCUAUGCCAGGUGCUUCAAUUCGCAAAGCAAAGAAAUGGCUUCUCCAACACUCCCUCCCUUCCUCAAUCAGGGGGAGUCCAGCAGCCAGGCAGGCUCUGCACAACCACAGGCUGUGCCUGGCAGGAUUAGGGUGCCAAAGAGCCGGAGGAGCAGUGCCAAGGAGAGGGAGAAAGACAAGGGGGACAAGGAGAGGAGCAGGUCCCCGCAGUGGGGCAAUGAACGCCACAGAUGUUUCAUCAACUCCAACUACAGCAGCUCAGCAGGGAGGAGGAGGAAGAGAACGAGUCCUCCAGAUCAUGACAACACCCACAGGGAUGCCACAGGUCCAGGGCCCUCCAGCAGGAGCUUCCAGCAUGCUGCAGCACACAGGGCUGCUUGGGAACAGCCCCUGCCAGGAGAGAGACUGCAGAGCAAACCCUCACAGCUGGGCUGCAAUCUCUGCAGACAGCUCGUGAAGAUCAGGAACUACCACCAGGCACAAAGCAAGAGGAGGAAACUCUCAUUUGGAGCCUACAAGCAGAAGAGCCAAACCUAUAAUUAA